GGAGCGCAAUAUUCUUUUCGGUUCAAGAUGGCGGGUGAGGAGUCAGGAGUAACGCUGGGCCAGCCCCAUCUCUCUCGGCAAGAUUUAAGUACCUUGGAUGUGAGCACACUAACACCCCUCUCCCCAGAAAUCAUCAGCAGACAGGCCACAAUCAACAUAGGCACCAUUGGUCACGUGGCUCAUGGGAAGUCCACCGUGGUGAAGGCCAUCUCUGGGGUGCACACCGUCAGGUUUAAAAAUGAGCUGGAGAGGAACAUCACCAUCAAGCUGGGAUACGCCAACGCCAAGGUGUAUAAGUUGGACGACCCCAGCUGUCCUCGGCCAGAGUGCUACAGGUCGUGCGGGAGCAGCACUCCUGACGAGUUUCCCACCGACAUCCCCGGCACCAAGGGCAACUUCAAACUGGUUAGACACGUCUCCUUCGUGGAUUGUCCGGGUCACGACAUUUUGAUGGCCACCAUGCUGAACGGUGCUGCAGUGAUGGACGCCGCCCUGCUGCUGAUCGCGGGGAACGAGUCGUGCCCCCAGCCGCAGACGUCUGAGCACCUGGCGGCCAUCGAGAUCAUGAAGCUGAAGCACAUCCUCAUCCUGCAGAACAAGAUCGACCUGGUGAAGGAGAGCCAGGCCAAGGAGCAGUACGAGCAGAUCCUGGCCUUCGUGCAGGGCACGGUGGCAGAAGGCGCUCCCAUCAUCCCCAUCUCCGCCCAGCUGAAGUACAACAUCGAGGUGGUGUGCGAGUACAUAGUGAAGAAGAUCCCUGUGCCCAUCCGCGACUUCACCUCCGAGCCACGCCUUAUCGUGAUCCGGUCGUUUGACGUGAAUAAGCCAGGCUGCGAGGUGGAUGACCUGAAAGGGGGUGUGGCCGGCGGCAGCAUCCUGAAAGGGGUGCUGAAGGUGGGGCAGGAGCUGGAGGUGCGGCCGGGUAUCGUGUCGAAGGACCAUGAAGGCAGGCUGAUGUGCAAACCCAUCUUCUCCAAGAUCGUCUCGCUGUUCGCCGAACACAAUGACCUGCAGUACGCAGCUCCUGGAGGCCUGAUAGGUGUGGGCACAAAGAUCGACCCCACACUGUGCCGGGCCGACCGCAUGGUGGGACAGGUUCUGGGGGCGGUGGGGGCGCUGCCCGAGAUCUUCACUGAGCUGGAGAUCUCCUACUUCCUGCUGCGGAGGCUUCUGGGAGUACGCACAGAGGGCGACAAGAAAGCAGCCAAGGUUCAGAAGCUGUCCAAGAACGAGGUCCUGAUGGUGAACAUCGGGUCGCUGUCCACAGGGGGGAGAGUCAGCGCGGUGAGGGCUGAUCUGGCUAAGAUCGUGUUGACCAACCCCGUCUGCACCGAGGUGGGCGAGAAGAUUGCGCUAAGUCGCCGAGUGGAGAAACACUGGCGUCUGAUUGGCUGGGGCCAGAUCCGGAGGGGCGUGAACAUCACGCCCACAGUGGAUGAUGAUUGAUUGGAUCGCUGGAGUGACACACAGGAUGGACACGCCCACGUAGCCUGCAGUUCUGUGGCAUUCUGCUCGAAGGGCUGAGCUGGGGGGCGUGUCCUGGGGGAGAGGGAGGGGCAAUCCCUGCAUUUUAAAUGAAUAGUUUAUCUUCCAUGGCGGGGUUUGCCUAAUUUAUACACACCAAGGAGGGCUGGGAUGGGCGUCAGAAGACUCUUUGAUAGUACAGCAUUGCCAACUACUGUCAAAGCAAACCAAUAAAAUGUUUUGGAUUGA